AUGAAAUACACACUAAAUAUAAAACGGUAUCGCAUAACAAAGAUCUCUCGAUACCCGAAAACUUCCGUCGGAGGCUCGACGUCAGGCUACGGUCGCGCACUUUCUCUUUUCGGCGGCUCUCGCAGGCCCGGGGGCAGCGGCGAAUGUGAACUGCGGGAGAAAGUGCGCGAACGCUUCCCGAACGGCGUUGGGUUGCGAGCACUGACCAUUGACGAAUACGUGCUGCCUCCAGAUGUGGUACUGGCUCCAGCGGUCGUCGUCUUGCACAUGACCGUGCUGCAGCUGUGGCAGGGUAGGCAAUGGUGGCGGCGGCGCGGGCGGCAAAAGCUGUGGCGGCGGCGCCGGCGGGCCGAGGGGCUGAACUGGUUGCGGGUGCUGGUACUCCAUGGAGAAGUCGAGGCGCUUACGACGCGCUCUCACACUAUUCACACAUCGCGACGCGGGAGCAGCUAUGCGCUGAAAGCGCUACAGGAGCGUGCGUGCGAACGCGGCGGCGUGCGGCGCGCGAAUCGCCUCGCCGCGGUCCGCCACUUGCGCCUCCCCCUCCCCUCACCGCCUCACCACCACUAUCACUACCACCUCAUCGUCACAGGCUUCCGUCGCUUCCUCACUGCGUGGCACAGUUUUUAA